GCCAUUAUUUCGAGCUCCGCGGACCCGCUCGAGCUCUGUCCAGCCCACCUGCAAUUCUUAUUCACUACAACUUCCAUUCUCGUUGCUCUGUAAUUCAGAACAUGGCGCAACCUGACGCACUAAGCUGGACAUUACUGUUCAAAAAGCACAGAACAACCGUGCUUCUGAUGCUCCCACCUUCCGAAUCGAUCAACAACACAAAGACUGCCCUGCUCAAUGCUCUCCAAUCUCGCGGCUUGACAGAGAUUAACGGAGAUCCAGUUCCUAAAGACUCGCAGAAGAUCGAGUUCGGCGUCGCAAUUGACAAGAAUGAUAUGGAGAAAGGUUGGACAAGCCUCGAGGGCUUAGAGUUUGAUGAGGACGACGCUCCCACGCAAGGGGCGGGGAGGAAAGCCGCAUCCACAAGUUUGAAGGCUGCUGAAAUCAACAACGGUCAAUCCAUUGCUUUCAGGUUCAGACAGGCGGGGAACAGCGAGGACGAUCUCGACUUAGUUGACCCGGGGUGGGAUGUCGUUCUUCCUAGCCUUGAUGACGAAGAGGAAGCAUAGCCUGCCUGGCAACAUGAGGUGGGUUGGUUUCGGCUUCAUUAGCCUCGUUCUUUCUUUGGCGCAAGGGGAUAUGGUUAUUUGGGCGGCCCUCUUGUUAGGCUUUCGGGGGUGAAAGAGGCUCUCUCAAUGGGUAUGUAACUCAGAUGACCUCAGAAGUUUGCAUCUUAUCGAUUUCGAUCUUCUACGACACAAAAUGAUACUCUUAUCAUAAAAACGUUGUGUACAAGGUAUUCAACGUUAUGGCUUGUCACUCCCCACCACCAACUCAUUAGAUAUCGCAGUUUUACAGACAACGGCACUGACGUAGUAGUCUCCAUCCCGA